UUUAUUUUUUUCUUCUAAGCUCUCGCUUUCCACUCCUCCCACCCUCUCUUCUCUUUCCUUCCCUUCCUUCUACCCUUCCGGGAUCAGAUCUACUUCCCUCACCACUCCUCCUUCGCGGUGCGUCACGCGCCACUAUCCCUCUAAACUGACGCAGCUCAUCAUCUCAUCGCUGGAGGCAUGCUUUGUAGAGUGCUAGGUAUAUGAUCAACAAUGGCAUCUGAAGAAGUUCUGAAGGUUGUUUUCCCUUUCCUGGAGGGCGUUGAUCUUGCUUCUUGCAUGGCUGUUUGUAAGCUGUGGAAAGACAUAGCUGGAGAUGAUUUCUUUUGGAAAUGUCUGUGUGCCAAGAGAUGGCCUUCAAUCUGCAAGCGACCUAAUCCUUCAACUUUAACCUACUACAACUUGUACAGAACCUUUUAUAAACGUCAGCAUCGUAGAAUUCUUCUCCCUCCAAGAAUCUCAUUUGAUGAUUUGGAUUUUUUCAUUGACAUUUGGGCUGAAAACAUAUUACUCUUCUCAGAAGUGGUGCCUGGUUCUGUACUUCAAGCAGGUUUUAAAAUUCCUGCAUCUGGGGUUUGUGAAAUGCUCAAAUAUCACCUGGAAGGUUCGGAAUACAAGAUGACUUUUCCUGUGGAACCCAGGUUUACUAUCCCUUGUGGACAAAAUCAGAAUGUUAGUGUCUCUGUCAUGGUUGGGAAGAAGGAUUCAAAUAAGUUUGCUCGCAUAAUAAAUAAAUCCAUGUUUGAUUACAUUGAUCGCUCAUCAUAUAGAGCGUUGGCUUUUGAUUACCUAGACAUAGCCCCUGACUACCCAUUUUUGACUGGCAUCCGUGCGUGGAUAUCUUUGCUAUUCAUGGAAGAUAAAAAAGAUCUUAUGGAUGUAUUUGGGAUCCAGAUGGAUUUCUGUGAUGUGGCAAAUUCUAAGGAAGAAGUCUUGUGGCUAUUGGACAUGCUUGACUGGAAGUAAAAGAGAGAUUUCCCACUGUUACAACAAAAUUAAUUGGAUAUUGUGAUCUGAUGUUAACUUGUGAGUUUAUAUGGGUGUAUUGCAAAGUUUAUGUUAAUGUCUCGAGUGUUUGGACAAUGUAAAUCUCCGCAAUCCUUUGUUAUCAAUAAAUGUCUUCAUUAAGCCCCUA